AUGACUCACGGUAAGAUAUUCGACAGCUCCAGUUCCCACCAGUCAACAGUCCUGCGCACAUCCCUUGACCAGAAGACCAAGAAGGUCAACGAGGCCCAGGAGAACCUGCCUCUCCCCGAGCAGCCCCCGGUCGCCUCCGACUGGAACUCGGCUGACGCACGCACCGUCAAUGUCGGUUCCGGUGGCGUCUCGAGCGACAUCUCGACCGGCGCUGGCUCGACCUCGGGUCUGCGGGAGCCCGCCAGCAAGGGCGACGUCGACCUGAGCAAUGUCGGUCGCGAGGGCAAGGACAACCUGUCCGGCCCGCCCAAGGACGCUGCCGCCAGAUAG